CUCUCUCUCUCUCUCUCUCUCUCUCUCUCUCUCUGCCAGCUGUAAGGACGUGUCUCAAUUACUCUUGUUGCACAGGUUGUGAGCGAGGGAAAGAGAGGGAGGAGAGAGAGAGAUGAACACACACCACCUAGAACGUCAAACAAGAGGAGCCUAGUGGAGCAGAGCUUGGUGCCCGGUGAGAGAGAGACCCCCCUGGGACACAGACACAGCCAUGGAUCCCUCUGCGUCGGAUGAGGUUGGGGACGAGUGCAAGGAGAGCAGGAAGAUCCACUUUGCUGUGCAGUCCUCGGCACCCACCCAACUGGACCCCCGGCAAGUAGAGAUGAUCCGGCGCCGGCGGCCUACACCUGCAACACUGUUCAGAGUGGCAGACCAGUGUUCCCCUGAGGAUGAUCAGUCCACCCAUCAGUGGAUUGUAGGAGAGAAUGGGAUACUCAAGCCCAAGCGAGUCAACCCAAAUGUGUAUCAGCCACCAUCCCUGAAAGCCGUCCAGAAGAUGGCUGAGGCACACAUGCAGAACCUGGGUGUCUACCCCCCCUUGGAAGACCCCUUUGAGGGGGAGGAGUACGACGACUACCCCUGUCAUGAGGAGAGGGAGGAGAGAUUCCCCACCAAAGCUGCUGACCCCCAAGCGACCAGCACCACAGAUCAAUCAGAGAAGCCGGAUGAGGAGGAGGAAGAGAAAGAGAAAGAAGAGGAAAAGACAGAAGAAAAGACAGAGGAGAAGGCAAAGAAACUGAAAUGGAAUGACACAUUUGAAUAUAAAAAUAUUCACCCUCAGAAUGUCAUUAUCAUCAUAUACUCAUUGAUAAUGUCAGCCUAAUAAACAGUUUUCUUUAUUUCCAUCACAUCUGUUCUCCAACUGCAGGAUUGCUUGUGUCAGCGGAAUACAUUUUGUUGUAGUGUCACAGUUGAGUGUCUCAAUCGGUACCAACUGUUAAUAUAUAGUAGUUGUUUUGAAUCUCUUUUUGUUGGACAAAGUGUUGAGACAUAUGGCACCUACUCCCUCCAUUGUCUGGCUGGAGUGACCAUACUUUCCUUCUCCAAGUCUAUCUAUCCUCUAUGGUCAAUAGACGAGUGCCAUGGCAAGAAUGAACUCUAAUCGCACUAUUCUUCUUUAUUCCACUUUUUGUUUUCAUUCUUUUUUUCUGUACUUGUUAAAGAUGUAGACAUUUCAAUGUGAGCAACAAUAACACUAUCUAAAUAAACACAUUUUUUUCUGAUUUGAAA